AUGGGCGGCCCCGGUGCCGCGGGAGAGUCCAAGCCCCUGAGGCGGCCGGACGUCCGGGCGUCUGUUGGUGGCCCCUCCGUGGGGACGGAGGCGGCCGCGUCCUCUGGGGUGGUGGCCGAGGGGGAGAGGGGGGUCGCGGGGGGAGGUGAGCGUCCAGGGGAGGCGCGGAAGUCCCAGCCCACCUGCGAGGCCAAAAGGCUUGGCCCGGAGGAGGCGACAGGGCAAGGCUUGGGCUGGACGGGGCGGCUGGCCUGGUGCGGGCGCCCUGGCCACGGGGCCAGGGAGAAGCCAUGGAGCUUGGGCCAAAAGGGGGUGCGUGCCGAAGCGCUGCCGAGGCCCCUGCCUGGCCACCGAGAGCCACCCGCCCGCCCUGCCAAUCCACCUGCCCCGCCGGCAGCGCCCUCAAAACGCCGUGCGCCUCCUCCCCUUCCACCGCCGCUCAACCUGGGGACCCGCUCCGGCCUCAGCACCUCAGCACGCCGGCCUCCCGCGCUCCGGGCUCCCGGCUGCCACCGGGCCUGGCCACCGGGGUCCUGGAGACGUGCAAAAGGUUGGCCAGCUGCGUUGGCCGGGAAUCGAACCCGGGUCAACUGCUUGGAAGGCAGCUAUGCUCACCACUAUACCACCAACGCUGCACAGCCCGGGCCGCCCCCAGACGCACGCCCAGGGUUCGGCCCCGGCGUCUGCACCCGCUCUGGUCACCGCCUCUGGUCACCGCCUCGGCGGCCCAGCGCGCCUCGGCCCUGCCCCGACGACCCGCCCAUCCACAGCGCCGCGCUGCCGCACGGGCCAGCAGCGGCCGCCCGCCGUCCCACCCGCGCCAGCCCCACGCGGCUGGGCGGCUCCGUGGGCCCGCCCGCCUGCCAGCCAACCGCCUCUGGGGGGCGCUGGCGCCGCCCGGCCGCUCCUGGUACCACCCCCCACCCCCCACCCCCCUUUUGCCGGCCGGGAAACCCCGUCCCCCGAGAUCCGCGUCCUUCCGACCACGUGCUCGCCCCCGGCGUUCUCCACAGGGUGCUGGGGGAGGCCACAUCCCGCGCCCACGGAGGACCCGACACAACCGAGGCCCCCCCCCCCCCCGCCGGACCGGGCAGCGUCGAAUCACCGGGGAGCCCGGGGCGGCCGGCCACUCGUCAGGCGCCCUGGGCACGACGGAAGGCCCUGGCUGGACUGUGGCGAGCCCGCAGGCGCGCGGCCCCGACGCCGAGGAACGCAAAAGGGUGGCGGUGGUGGACGGGGAGCAGGCGGGCGGCCGUCGUGGCCCUGGCGGCCUCUGGCCGCACGCUGGAGGAAGGAGGACAAGUGCGCCGGAGGGGCCAGCGUUCGCACAGAGCGGGGGCGGCGCCCGCGGCGCCCAAAAAAGGACGUCUGGCCUCCCCGUCGGGGAAUCGAACCCCGGUCUCCCGCGUGACAGGCGGGGAUACUCACCACUAUACUAACGAGGACGGCGGCGGCCAUCCGGCCGCCCGACCCCUCUGCGCCUGCCUGCCCACGCCUACCCCUGCCCUCGACGCCCCGCCUUCCAUCGGCGCCCGCCGCCUGCCGCACCGGACCCGACCCCAAACCAACGUCGUCCGCCAUCCCAGCAGCCCCACUGCCCGACUCGGGGCGGACCCCGCACCCGGACGCCCGCCCAAUACUCCCCGGGCGCCGCGGCCUCUGGCCUGCCAGGCGGGGAUCGCGCGGGGAGAAGCCGCCCCACAGGACAAGCGAGGCUGCGACCAGGAGGACGGGCGCCCACGAAGGGCAGAGGCCGAGGAGGGCGAGGGGGAGGAGCGGGGGGUGGGGUGGGGCGGGGAGCUGCCAGAGAGGCGGGCCCGACGCCGCCCUCUGGGUGCGCGGUCGGGGCUGUGCGAGGGCGGAGGCGCCAGGCGAGUCGGCGGGCUGUGCUCCCGCUCGGCGGCGGCGCGCGUCCCCUCGCUGGCGCACACACGCCGCCGCCAGCCUGCGGCAGCCUUGGCGCCGGGUCCCAGCCAGGCGAGCGGCGACGCGCUCAGCCCCGUCGUCAGGAUGGCCGAGCGGUCUAAGGCGCUGCGUUCAGGCUCGUGCCCGCAUGAACAGUGCCUCGCUCUCAGAGCCGUGCGCCUCCGCCACCGGGAGCAGCCGGUGGCCCGCGCCGCCCACGAGCCUUUUCCACCUGGACGCCUUCCCCUGGCCACACCUGCCUGCCUCCGGCCGCGGACCCAGGUGGCCCAGCCACCUGCUGGCGGGCCCACCACGCGGCCCUGCCGUCAGUGGGCCUGGCCCAGGAGUCCAACCCGGCAUUAUUGCUCCUCCCCCGAGCGCUGGGCGGAAGGAAGCCCUGCAUCCCCAGGCCUCCCACCUGGGCGCCCCAAGCCCGGCCCGCCCGGCCAGAACCCGAGGACCCCAGCGCGCUCCCUCAACGCGCUCCCUGUCCGCCAGCUAGCCAGCAGCGCCUCCGCCAGCGCUCCUGCCUCUCCACCACCGGCCCGAGUUGGACCCCCAGGGAGAGCUCCCGGCCAGAGCUCAGACACCUCGCUUCGCUCUCCUGGCCUCAGCGGUACUCGGCGGCGCCCGCGGCGCUCGGGGGCCUCCAUGUCCUAUGCACGACACGCGUGCGGCGCGCACGAGCCCCCGCAGACACCCACCCCACCACCCACACACCCCCACCCACACUCCCGCCACUCCACGGCACCCCACGUGCGCACACACGGCCGCGGCUCCGUUCCCCAGCCCCGCGGGAUCGCGCCCACACGGCCCGGGCGGGAAAGCCAUCCGCCAAUGGGCCUUUGGGGUGGGCGGAGAGUAGCUGCCCAAGGGAACGGCGGCGCUCAGCGGCACCUGCCCCAGACGAUCGCCCGCGGUGGGUGGUGUUGGGGCUCUGGCCCGGCUUCCUCCGGCUCCUGGCUUCCGCGGGCGACCCCGGCAGGGCAGCGUCUGGCGGCGGCCCUGGACCAGGGAGAAAACGCAGGAGGAGCCUAG